GGUUACCUCAUCGCCGCCUCCGAGAGGCCCUGCUCGCUCGCUUGCUCGCCCGCGCGGCCGACUGGGGCGGCGGCUCCCGGCGCCGGAGCGAAGAGGACAGAGCUGCGGGCGGGGGCGGGUCUGCGCCGCGCCGGGUGCGCUCUCCCAGCGGGGCUGCGGGUUCGUCUGCCCGCUCGAUCCUCGGGCCUGGCCUCUUACUGCUCAGGUGCUGCAGGCGGCGCGACGCGGGUGUCUUCGGCAGGGCGCGCACGGCGCGGUGCCGGCUCAUGAAGCUCCCCGGCACCGGGCGCGGGGCCGCGGGCCAGCCAUGGGCGGCAGCCUGCGUGUGGCUGUUCUGGGUGCUCCGGGAGUGGGCAAGACUGCCAUCAUCCGCCAGUUCCUGUUCGGUGACUAUCCCGAGCGCCACCGGCCCACAGAUGGUCCUCGCCUCUACCGGCCCGCCGUGCUCCUCGACGGCGCUGUCUACGACCUGAGUAUCCGCGAUGGUGACGUCGCUGGCCCUAGCUCAAGCCCCAGAAGUCUCGAGGAGUGGCCAGACCCUAAAGAAUGGAGCUUGCAGGACACAGAUGCCUUUGUGCUGGUUUACGACAUCUGCAGCCCCGACAGUUUUGAUUAUGUGAAAGCCCUGAGGCAGCGCAUAGCAGAAAACAGGCCCGCAGGCGCGCCAGAGGCCCCCAUCCUCGUGGUAGGCAACAAGCGGGACCGUCAGCGGCUGCGCUUCGGACCUCGUCGUGCACUGGCCACUCUAGUACGCAGGGGCUGGCGCUGCGGCUACCUCGAAUGCUCAGCCAAAUACAAUUGGCACGUGCUGCGUCUCUUCCGAGAGCUUCUGCGUUGUGCUCUAGUGCGCACACGUCCUGCGCAUCCGGCCCUACGACUGCAGGGGGCGCUGCAUCCAGCGCGCUGCAGCCUCAUGUGACUGGAAUGGACAGGGAAAUCUCAUAAAAGCAGGCUCUCACCCAGUUUCCUAGCCGACAGGCUUUUCUUUGAACUUGAUUGGACCCAGCCAACUCCCAAUCAUUCAACAAGAUCAAUUUUAUCUGAGACCUUAUUGGGUCACAAUCGCUGAUGGAAAGGACUUGAAUAUGAACAUGGCUGGAAGCAUUCGUACAGCUCCUGGCGCUUUACUGCAAAUACCUUCUGGUUUUGGCUUUUUGAGACAGGGUCUCACGACAUAGGCCUGACUGGCAUUGAACUACAAAGAUCCACCUGCCUCUGCCUCUCCAGUGUUGGACUAUUGGAGCUACUUUUUAAGUCAUGCCUUACCAGGUAAUAAAAGACAAUUUAAAUGUACAAUUUAAGGGUUUCUUGUUCUGGAAUAGGCAGAUCGGAGCACUGAGGUUUGGCCUCAAGGCAGUUAACUUUGGAAUCCCAGCAUAUAAUGAAGGCUCAGUCCCCCAAAAACAGGAGCUGGAGCACAACUUUACUGUCAGAGGUUCUGUUUACUGGACACCAGGCUGGCCCAGUAUCCUCUAAGGCAUUCAAUAUUAGUAAUUAAAUAGCAACACUCA